AAAUAUGCCCGGACAUCAAAAUAGUGAUACUGAUUCCGACGGUGAUGAUGACUCACAGAUGCGCCAGUUCAUGGAGGCUGCUGAUCAUACACUUCUUACUAAUGCCAUGUUCCAAAACCAAAAACCAAUUUCGGAUACAUCAACUCUGCCGGUUCCAGCCUUAACUAAUGCUGCAGUUGAGGAGCAGCCGAAAAGCGAACGAUAUUUGGAUGAGGAAGAUCAAAACGCUGGCUUCUCCAGCAAUAUGCAAAUAAGCGAGCAAAUGCAAAAACAUAUUUGGCGCAAAUUGAGCGCAAUUAUUGAAAAUCAAAUAGAAUUUUAUGAAACAAAUAUUAGGGAUCCCCACCAAGAAGAGACGCCAAACAUAAACCAAGUGCAACUGGUAGCUAAUGCCAAUUGUUAUAUACAAGAUGACAUUGUGCCGGAAGUAAUACAGCAGAAAAGGCCCAAGAUAAAGCGACGUCAAGUCGAGGAUGAGCCAACUUCAAAAGCUGAAAGUUUGGCCUCUAUCGUUGUGUGUGGAGAAACCAUUCUCAAAGGCCAAGAUAUGCAGCACUGGGCGCAACGAAAACCCCGCAAGGAUAAGCUAUUUGAGUAUAAAACCUGCAAUGCACAAGACUGCAAGCUCCAAGCAAUAGAUCCAACGAACGAAUUUACGGCUCAGCGACACAAAAACAAAUGGAAUGAAAGCAAGAUUAGUCAAAAGAAAAAGAAAUGCUAG